AUGGCUUCCCCAUUCUGCAGUUAUACUAUCCCCACUUUCACCAGGGGCAUCAAGACCCUCUCUGCCCUCCUAAAAAAGGCGGAAGAACAUGCGAAAGAAAACAACAUCCCGCUUGAUGAAGUCCUCAACGCUCGCCUUGUUGAGGAUAUGAAGCCUCUUUCUUUCCAAAUUGUGAGCGUAACAAACACCAUCCAUAAGACCCUCGCCCGCGCGUCUUUCGUUGAGCCUCCGCCACAUGAAGAGCCCGAUAAGACCUAUGAAGACCUUUACAAGCGCCUCGAUCGGACACUUGCGGAGCUGGAAACGGUCGAUCUGGCCAAUAUCGCCUCGAAAGAAGGACAAAAAUUCAAGGUUCCACUCGGAAAUCAUGAAUUUGAUUGGACAUCGGAGGAGUUUUCGGUGCGAUUGGCGAUCCCCAAUUUCUACUUUCAUGUCGUGACGGCGUAUGGUAUUUUGAGGGCGAGAGGUGUGCAGAUUGGGAAGAUGGAUUAUCUAUCGGAAUUUACGGCGUAG